GAGGCGCUUCCCGCUCAGCUCCACAGAAGCAGCUGCUCUCCCUCCCCUCGCUCCCCAUUCAUGCUCUCCCGGACGGGGGCUGUCCUUCUCCUGCCAACUCCGCGGGAAGGUUUUCCCCUCUCUUAAAACGCGGCGGAAAUGUCUCGUGCCAAGUCCCUGCUGCAUCUCCUCUGGACUUGCUCCAUGCUGAUAGUUCGCUCCAGCUUGGCUGAAGAGGAGCUCGCCGCUUUGACGCGCGACCAAGUGCCCUACUUUUGGAAAAAAGGGAUAUUUAUUAUCCAAAGUGACUCCCUCAACACAUGUGUUAAAGCCGAGAAAUCGAAGCUCAUCCUUGAAGACUGCACUCAGCUUUCGAAAUACAUGUUAUGGAAAUGGGGUUCUAAACAGCAUCUUUUCAACAUCGGCCGAAGCACUUGUCUAGGACUCAAUAUCAGCAACCAAGAGCAGCCAUUAGUCAUGGCUGAAUGCAAUUCAGCUCAGCAUUCACUGUGGUGGAGCUGCCUUGGAAAAGGGUUGAUUGGUGCAUCGCAGUACAAAUUAGCACUUGAGAGUGGCAAAUUUGUUGUGGCAAAAAGAAAUUCAACAUAUGGAUGGAAACAAUUCCUGUCUCUUGAUGGGGAUCUUUGUGGACAUGCAUUCAAAGAGACAUAUACCCUGUUGGGAAAUUCCCAUGGCUCGCCUUGUGUUUUUCCAUUUAAAUACAACAAUCAAUGGCACUAUGAGUGCAUCAGAGAUUCCAGAGAAGAUGACUAUCCCUGGUGUUCCACAACAAGUCAGUAUGAGCAAGACGAAAAAUGGGGACUUUGCCCAAAUUCUGAGACUGGCUGUGACAUUUUUUGGGAGAUGAACGCAGACACUCAGAUCUGUUACCAAUUCAAUCUUCUUUCUGUUCUCUCUUGGAACGAGGCACGUGUUGCAUGUCAGGGACAAGGAGCAGAUUUGCUAAGCAUCACAGAUAUGGCAGAACAGAAGUAUAUUAGUGGUCUAAGUGAACAGGUGAGCACAAAGGAAGUUCUCCUCUGGACAGGUUUAAAUCAACUGGAUGGAGCUGCUGGCUGGCAAUGGUCAGAUGGAGCACCCUUGGCGUUUGUGAACUGGCAAUCAGAUCCUUCUGACAGCUCUCUUGGGCAACAUCGCUGCAAAGUGUUUAACUCAAAAAUACAGCAGGACUGGCAAAGUUACCCAUGUGAAUCUGGAUUACCAUAUGUAUGCAAAAAAUAUUUAAAUGCUACUGAACACGAAGCAUUUGAUUCGUGGAAAUUUUAUCCUACCGACUGUGACUAUAAUUGGUAUCCAUAUAAUCGCUACUGCUAUAAACUUUAUAAAGAAGGAAAAAACUGGAAUGAAGCUUUGCUUUCCUGCCAGGAUGAUAAUAGCACACUCAUUAGCAUAACCUCUUUGGCUGAUACAGAGAUGCUCAUUAAUCUUCUUGAAUAUGAAAAUGUGACAGAAACUUGGCUUGGACUGAGCAGUCAUAAGACCCCAGCUGAGUUUGAAUGGUCUGGUGGAUCUCCGGUAACCUUCACUUACUGGCACAAACAAGAGCCAAAUGUCCAUCAGGGGGGAAAUCAACUUUGUGUUUCAGCUGAGCAAUAUGAGGGACGCUGGGAAGUUAAAAGUUGUAAAGACAUAUAUUUUUAUAUUUGUAAAAGAGCAGGAACUGUUGGAAAUCUCAUUUCAGAGGAAGAAUCAGGCUGCCCAGAAGGAUGGGAAAGGCACGGUGGAUAUUGCUACCAUGUGGACAAAACCCCUCGAAGCUUUGAACACUCCUCCAGUGGCUAUUACUGUCCUUCACUUGCAACAAUAAUGAACAGGUUUGAACAGGGUUUUCUCUACAGUAUGAUUCACAACAUGGUGAAAACAGAUAACCUUUAUUUUUGGAUAGCACUGCAAGACCUCAACAAUACAGGAGAAUACACUUGGCUAAAUAAAGAUGGGAAGCCUCAUCGUCUGACCUAUACAAACUGGGGGAAAUAUCAACCUAGGCAUUCUGGAGGGUGUGUUGUUAUGCAACGACAGAAGGGACAUCUUGGUGUUUGGGAAGUGAAAAACUGUACAAGCUUCAAGGCUAUGUCACUGUGUAAGCAAAAAGCUAAAUACCAUAGAGAAAAUGACCCUAAUGAAGAAUCGCAUUUUGAAAAGUCUUUUAAUUCUUGCAUGUUUGGAUGGGAAUCGGACCACAAUCUGCUCAGCUGUUAUAAGGUAUUUCACAGUGAAAAAGUACUGAUGAAAAGGGCUUGGGAUGAAGCUGAAGCAUUGUGUCAAGAUUUUGGAGCACAUCUGGCUAGUUUUACACAUGCCUUUGAAGAGGAUUUCUUGAGCAAACUUUUGAACACCAUGUUUCAUGUUGAUGAAGAAAGACAGUUCUGGAUUGGACUCAACAAAAGGAACCCAUUAGCUGGAGGAUCCUGGGAAUGGUCGGAUGGAACGCCUGUUGCAUCUGCCUUUUUAGAAAACAAUUACAUUGAAGAUAAUGUGAGGAGCUGUGCUGCAUAUACAGUUAAUGGAACAGUCUUGCCUCUACACUGCAGUUCUGAGCGUGAAUGGAUAUGCAAAAUACUGAAAGGUGUGAAACCAAGGAUUCCGCAGUGGUAUAUACAUGAGCCAUCGUGGUUUUAUUAUCAAGGAGCAGAGUACCUUUUUUAUGACAGCGCCUCAGACUGGCCCACUUUUCAGUUUGUUUGUGGCUGGCUCCGUGGUAAUAUAGCAACAAUACAUUCUUCCAACGAACAGGAAUUUAUCCACAACAGAAUAAAAAAGGUAUCAAAAAUGAAUAAUGAUUGGUGGAUUGCAUUGCAUUCAGAAAUAGCUACUGAAGGAUUUCGAUGGGCAGAUGGCUCACCAUUAUUAUACCAAAACUGGGAAGGAGGUGAAGAAAGACCUAUGAAUGCAGAUGGAGAGAAAUGUGGUUUUAUUUCUUCCCAAACAGGGUUGUGGGGAUUUGCAAGCUGUACCAAUUCUCUACCUUGUAUCUGCAAACGUAAAAAGAUAUGGACUAUUGAGAGAGAAAUACCAAACGAGCAGCCUAAUCAAGGAGUGUGCCCGAAAGGAUGGCUUUAUUUUGCAUUCAAGUGCUAUCUGGUACAGAUUCCAAAGGACCCAGGCCUCCUGAAGAGCUGGAAUUCUGCACAAGCAUUCUGCAGUCACUAUGAUGGAUCACUUGCAUCAAUUGAAAAUGAAGUUCAACAAGCUUUCAUAACAAUGAAUCUGUUUGGGCAUAAAUCGAAUGUCUGGAUUGGUCUGCAGAGUACUGAUUAUGAAAGAUGGGUCAAUGGGAAAGAGGUGGAAUAUUCCAACUGGUAUCCAGUAGAAGCAGUGCAGAAUCACAGUGAUCACAGUACUGGAAUCCAAGAAAAAGCCCCGCUAUGUGCUUCCAUAUUAAAUAAGCCUAGCUUCAGUUUAAUGGGAAAAUGGCACCUAGAAAACUGUGGGGAAAGUAAUGGGUUUAUCUGCCAAAAGGCUCAAGAUAUGUCUAGAAAUGUCAUACACUCUUCCGUGAUGAACCCAGUACCAGAUACUUUAGAAUAUGCAAACAAGACAUAUACAUUAAUCCGUGGGAAUAUGACUUGGUACAUGGCUUUAAAAACCUGCAAGGAAAAUGGGGCUGAAUUGGUCAGCAUUUCAGACCACUAUCACCAAGCCUUCCUCACUGUAAUUGUUAAUCGACUAGGCUUUGCCCAUUGGAUUGGAUUAUCCACUUCAGAUAACGGCCUUAAUUUUGAAUGGUCAGAUGGUACCAACCCUCCGUAUACUUUCUGGAGAGAUGAGGAAUCACAGACCUCUGGAAGCUGUGUCUACAUUGAUAUUGACGGGCGCUGGAGAAGCACUGAUUGUGAGAGACUUCUGACUGGGGCAGUUUGCCAUAUUCCACCCCAGGAGAAGCCAACUGAAUAUAAGGGACUGUGUGAUGAAAAACCUGUCCCUUGGAUAAAAUUUGAAAGGAGCUGCUACAGCUUUUCCACAGUUUUAGAGAACUCAGACUUUGAUGAAGCAUUUGAAUUCUGCAAAAAGCGAGGUUCUAAUCUUCUAACUAUUGCAGAUGAACAUGAAAAUGCUUUUCUUCUGGAAGAAUUGUAUUCUUCUGGGCCUUCAGUUGAAACGAUUUGGCUGAAUAUCCAGUUCGCUACUGAGAACAAUACAAUAACGUGGUUUGAUGGUUCCCCCAUUCAAUAUUCAAACUGGGGCAUCCAAGAACCUGAUCUAGGUCAGCUGACAGGAAAAGUAUGUAUUGCCUUAAGGACCACAGAUGGAGUCUGGCAAUCAUCAACCUGCCAAGAUAAAAAAGGAUUUGUAUGCAAAAGAAGCACAGCUCAUCAUGAAAUUUCAGUACAGCCCGUUAAAGUAUCGUACCGUAGAAUUGUGGUCUUGGUGGUAUUAUUGACAUUUGUGAUAGCUGCCAGUGCUAUAUUUGCAUGUUGGUGGUGCUUGAACAAACCCACCCAUCUGUUUAGAAGGAUGCUGCAGCCGAGAAGUGCUUGUCCAGAAGAAGCAAACUCUGACACUCCACCCAUUGAAGAAAGCAUCCUCAUUUGCAAUCUUGAGAAGAACGAUGAAAUUCAAUGAUACAGCAAUAAGGACCAAGAACACAUUCAUUUAAUACAAAAUAUUAUAUAUUCAGCCUGUACAAUUAAAAACAAUUUCGUGUUCUUAUCACAAUGUAAGAUCAGAUCAUUGUGUGCCUGUACCCUUUUGUAAUCAGCUUUUGACUGAUCGAGAAUGGAAGAGACCUACUACAGCCUACACCAUGUUAUAUGUUCAUUGCUAUAUAUGGAAGUUAGUGCACAGACUUGAAGCAGAUAUGAUGCUACAGUGGAACCUCGGUUUAUGAACACCUCGGUUUAUGAAUUUUCAGUUUACGAACACCGCGGACCCAUCUGGAACGGAUUAAUUCACUUUCCAUUACUUUCAAUGGGAAAGUUCGCUUCAGUUUAUGAACGCUUCAGUUUAUGAACAGACUUCCGGAACCAAUUACACCCAUGCUUCGGGUUAAGUACGCUUCAGGUUGAGUAUUCCGCGGACCCGUCUGGAACGGAUUAAUCCACUUUCCAUUACUUUCAAUGGGAAAGUUCGCUUCAGUUUAUGAACGCUUCAGUUUAAGUACUCCGCGGACCGUCUGGAACAGAUUAAUCCACUUUCCAUUACUUUCAAUGGGAAUGUUCGCUUCAGUUUAUGAACGCUUCAGUUUAUGAACAGACUUCUGGAACCAAUUGUGUUCAUAAACCGAGGUACCACUGUAUUGAUAUUUAUCGUCCAGUAAACCCACUGGAAGAAUCAAGAUCAAGCACAAGGUUCUCCAGCGCAAGACUCUUUAGUAAGCAGUCAUUGAGUGAUGUCUAAGGAUGGUACCUUGGAGAACAUGACCUUCUGUGAUGCUGCUGGAAUCAAAAUCCUUAGGAGGAUUCAAAAUACCAGCACCCCAUGCCUUAUUAUUCUCCUCUUCCAUGGACUAGAAUUCUCUUAUUUCACUGUGUGAAAGGGUCUGUGAAAGGUACAUCAUAGCAACUCUCCACUGUAGUGGUUUGGAGUGGGCUGAGUUCGUUUCUCCUCAGUGCUUGUCAGCUAUGGUUUCCACAUACCCUUCAUGUGUCUUCUUUCAUAAAGCUUCUAAUAAUGGUGUGUAUGAAAACAUGUCUGAGCUAAAGAAACCAAUACAAAAGCAAGUUCUCUUUUUGGUUUUAGGGAAGUGAGGCACUUUCUUCCAAGGAAGGAAAAAGAAGGUUAGCUCAUUGUCCUUGCAACAUAAAUUGUAAAAAUUGAUUAGUUCUGAAAUUGCAAAGCGACUUCUGUAACAAGAGAGUUGGGUUGCUAAAGCUUGUUCUCAUAUAAUACAGUUCCUCAUUCCCAUCCCCAAAAAUAACACCGCUGGGGUUAAAGGGCUCCAUUCUUAUUUGCUUUCCUCAGAGAACUAUACUUUCCAAGUUAAGGAAGAUGUGUCACAGACAUAGCCUUCCAAGUCAGAAUAAUAAUUGUUCUAGCCAGAUGGGAAAUGAGAACACUUAAGCAGCAUGUCGCAUGAAAUUAACGUCCUGUGCUUUCAGUUUAGUGGUAAAGUACUAAUGAAGUGAGUCCUCCCAGGCAGAAAAGUUUGCAUCCAGAGGGGAUGGGGGGAAAGAAAAAGAAAGAAACCACUGCAGACCGUACGGUUCUUCUGAUCAACUUAAGUGUGGCUAUUUCAUCAGAUAAGAAGUAUAGUAGUAAAUACUGGAUAAGCUGCUUCUAAGGCAUGUUGCUUGACUACCACUUCCUUUGUGGAGAGACUGACUAAUGUGAUUGGCAGGAGGAGGAAUCAUUUCAAAACUACAUUGAUUACACAGAAGUCAUUUUCGCAAAUGCUAAAAUCUCAGGACACAGUGACAUCAAAUAGGACCCACAGAUAUGUGUCAUUCAGUGUUUUCACAAGGAAGCAGAUGUUAUGAAUUGUUGUGUGAUGGGCCAAUGGCUGUAAUAAAUGUCAAUCAAUCAGAUGUUAUUAUUAUAAAGCGUGUAUUCACAGUUGGAUGACUUCAUUUAAAAAGUAUUAAUUAAAGCUCACAAGAGUGUUACAUGCAUGGCCAGAUCUUCAAUCUCUGUUGGCACAGCCAUUGCCAACCUGAUGCCUUCCAUAUGUUUUGGACUAUAAAUCCACAAUCCAGAUGUUUUGGACUACAAACCCUGGCUAGGGCUGAUGGGAGUUAAGUCUAAAACAUCUGGAGAGCACCAGGUUGGCAAAGGCUGCUUUAGCAUCUACUAAGUGAACUUUCAGGGCUCUUUGGAGGAAGAAAUUGAGUAAGGCGGGGAUCAUGAUAAAUAAAUAUAUAUAACUUUGAGUGGUAUGGGAAAAGUGGAUAAGCCUUUCUCAUAAUACUAGAACUUGGCAUCAUCUAAUGAAGCUGAAGAAGUGGAAGACAUCUUCAUGCGGAGACGGCAGAGCUAAAACUGGUUGAUGUGCUUUUGUCUUGCUCUUUGUACAGAGAUUUACAUAAAGAGUUAAUCAUUCUAUUAUUACCAGGCACCCCCAAACUUCGGCCCUCCAGAUGUUUUGGACUACAAUUCCCAUCUUCCCCGACCACUAGUCCUGUUAGCUAGGGAUCAUGGGAGUUGUAGGCCAAAACAUCUGGAGGGCCGCAGUUUGGGGGUGCCUGCAUUAUUACUGUCUCAGUCAGAGUGUCCAGCUGAUUAUGAUGUGACUUUUCUCACUGGAGAUCAAAACAAGCCCCUGACAGCAAAAACUGCAAAAUUGUUUAGAAACCCCAACUAAAAUAAGGGCCACAACAAUGCACUGAGUUUUAAAUGGUAUAGUUCUUAAAUUUUAAUUGAGUUUGGCGAUUUCACCUGCUUAGUUGUUUAUACAUGUUUGUAUUGUACUCAAAUCACAAAGGCCAUUGGAAGUUUUAGGGCAGAAAAGAUAGCUGAGUUAUGCGAAGAAGUACUUUAACUAUGGAAUUCUCACCUAGAUGUACUGAUGGCUAUCCACGUAGAUGGCUUCAAAAGCAGAUUAGACAAAUUCAUGGAGGAGGAUGCCUCCACUGCUAGAGGCAGUAUGCCUCUGUAUAAUAGGUAUUAAUUAUGUCACACACAGUGGUGGAGCUUCAUGCUCUGGCACCGGGGGUGUGUGUGGAGAACAGACGGGGGCAGGGCUGGCACACGUCCCACUGCCCCCAGGGGCAUGGUGGGCGUCCUGGGGGUGAUAGCACCCCACUGGGAUCACGCUGCCGGGGGAUGGUGCACUCCCCCUGCACUCCUCUUCCUCCGCCACUGGUCACACAUCCAACUUAUGGGCUUCUGGCCACUGUGAGAACAGGAUGCUGGACUAGAUGGGACUUUAGCCUGAUCUAGCAGAGCUCUCUUUUUAAAAAAUAAAUAAAUUAAAAUUCAUUUUAGAACAACACACUUAUACAUACACUACAAAACAAAAACAAACCAAAAAAAAUACAUAUAGAUUCUUAUCAUAUCAUGAUUUCCUUUCACAGUACGUUUCCGAGCACAAUUCAAAGUGCUGGUGCUGACCUUUAAAGCCCUAAACGGCCUCGGUCCAGUAUACCUGAAGGAACGUCUCGACCUCCAUCGCUCUGCCCGGACACUGGGGUCCAGUGCCGAGGGCCUUCUGGCGGUUCCCUCGCUGCGAGAAGCCAAGUUACAGCGAACCAGGCAGAGGGCCUUCUUGGUAGUGGCACCCGCCCUGUGGAACGCCCUCCCACUAGAUGUCAAAACGAAAAAUAACUACUAGACUUUUAGAGGACAUCUGAAGGCAGCCCUGUUUAGGGAAGCUGUUAAUCUUUAAGAAAUUAGUGUAUUUUAAUAUUUCUGUUGGAAGCUGCCCAGAGUGGCUGGGGAAACCCAGCCAGAUGGGCGGGGUAUAAAUUAUUGUUAUUAUUAUUAUUAUUAUUAUUAUUAUUAUUAUUAUUACCUCUUUGGGUGACUUCCUCAAGUCCCCCCUCUCUGAAUUUCAAUUUUACUCAUCUUUAGCAGUUACCAAAAUUAAAAAUUAAUCCUUAUUCUAAAUUUUCCAAAUUUUUAAACUUCCUAAUCUCUUAAUACACUAAACAAUAUACCUACGUCUACACUGAUAGCAUCAAUCAACUUCCAAAAGAAUUCCAAAAUCUCAUGCUUUUUCUCUACAUGCAAAAUUGAGGGUUUUAGAAAGCAUUGUAAACCUAAGCAUUUCCUCUUGAACAACAACAAAUCUUCUCUUCCCCUUCCUCUUACCCGAAUUAUACAGUAGCAUCUUCUGUUUUUACUAAGAUGCCUGCCAAAACCAUUUUUAUGUCUGACUUGUACCAAUGAUGUAUUUGUAUGCAAGUUGUUUUAUUUGAAAAAUAAAGACUG